ACUCGAGUUAGCGACAGCUAGGUCCGGAAAGCAUGUUGAAAACAAUGCAGUAACUAACUCAUAAACAAUUCUUUGACAAAGGUGUGUGUUUGUGUUUUCUCAUUGGGAUUUUAUUGGUAUUGUCUUGACGUUGGGUUGGUGGAGCUCAUCCAAGAACUGUACUGUAAAUUUCUUGACAAUUGAUAUCAGACACUUACAUCCAUUAUUUCAACCGUUUUUGUUGUUGUUUUUUUUUUUUUUGCCUUUUAAUUUAUAUUAGUUCAUGCAGAUUAACCUUAUUUACCAAAUAUCCAUUCAGUGGUGUAGAUUUCAUAUCGUUGUUACAUUGGUCAAUAUUUUAAGUACGUGGUGACUAAUGAUUCAGUUGUACUGUAUUUUCUCUCAUGGGUUGCUUUAUUUUUUCUGUGAUUGUUGGGCUUUUGUUUUACUUGAUUCAGGGCCGGCGCUAGCUGAUUGGCGAAGUCCCCUCACCUUGCCGUAAUAUAUUCAUAAUAUACUAAAGCCUACUAAUAGUUCCUAAUCCAGUUAACACAGAAACACAGAAUUCGGAAUUAUUAGAUAGUCAAAUGGUCUGGAGGUCAGUCUGGCUCCCAUACUAUCCCUUGGAGAUGAAUCUCGGGAAGACAUCUGGGUGCAUGUUAAACAGACGAAAGGGAAUUAAUAUUCCAUCGGUUGAAAUAUAUAUAAUGGCAACGGCCCCGUAAAAUUCAAGUUGCCCAAGGCCCCGCACCCUCCUAGCGCCGGCCCUGGCUUGAUUCCUUUGUUUAAAGGUCAAAACUUACAGUUUAAAGUUGAGUGCGUUUAUGUUUGCUAUUGACACUUACUGUCUUUGUUUGAUAUUAGCGGUUAUUUAUCCCAAGCGUGUGUCAUAGCUGACAUUACAAACUAGUAUUUGACAAAUACUCGCCCUUACUUAAAUGCUUGAUGUUACUCAACGUACACAUGUUUUUUCGCGAAUUUAAAGUACUCAUUUAAAUAUGUUUUUGUUUAAAUCAUCGCAUAUAAAUCUUUAUUAUCAUUUACCAAUCACAAAAAGUGUGAUUUACUUCUUCUUCUGAAAAUCAAUAAUUCUUGUAGAUACUUCCUUCAGUUCAAUUUUUAAACGUAUUUUUAACAGAAUUGUUUUACUGAAAUAGGGCAUGUGCGCACAUUUUAUUAUUUUUUUUCACUUUCUAAAAAAAAAGUAAAUUAUUUCCUUAAUAAUUCAGGCUCUGUAAAACAAAUUUAUGUAAAUUAACUUUAUUGUGAAUGUCAAACAAUCGUUUUUUCCUCUAAAAAGAUUUAAAAACUGCUCUCGUUGAGUUAAACAUCUAGCCCUCAGUGGGGCGGUCAACAAUCUCUUGAGUUUGAGAGUAACACUAGAGAGCACGCGUUGAUGGGUCAGACACACACCAUGACAAGUAAAGAGCACGGUCUUUCUUCUCAUGUUUUUGUUACAAUGACUUUAUCAUAUCAUUGUUGCAAUGUCCAGUAGUCCUUAUCAUAGAAUUGUUACAAUGACUAGUAGUCCUUAUCAUAGAAUUGUUACAAUGACUAGUAGUCCUUAUCAUAUGAUUGUUACAAUGACUAGUAGUCUUUAUCAUAUGAUUGUUACAAUGACCAGUAAUCUUUAUCAUAUGAUUGUUACAAUGAUCAGUAGUCAUUAUCAUAGAAUUGUUACAAUGACUAGUAGUACUUCUCACAUCAUUGUUACAAAGACUAUUAGUCUUUAUCAUAUCAUUGUUACAUUGAAUAGUAGUCCUUCCAAUAUCAUUGUUGCAAUGACUAGUAGUCUUUAUCAUUGUUACGCACUGCCUUCUAUUUUGAGAAAUUAAUAUCUUAUUUUCAGUUAUUGGAUCGUUCUAAACAGUGCGUAACAAAGGACGAUGUGAUAGAAAAAUACAAUAGCAAAAAAUACGACACUCAAAACAGUACAAAUUACAAUUAAUAAGAUUUAUUUAAGGAUUAAUAUACUUACAAAACAAGAGCAAUAUAAUUACAAUCAUCAACUUACAGAGUGGUAUGUCUUUUACCGGUACUCAGUUAGUACAAUGUGCCAAUUAAUAAUGUACAAUGACGAAUGCAAAUAAAAACAUACAAGUACACACAGAAUAAUACACUUGUCUCGUGAAGUUAAAAAUAUCUCUCAAUCAAUCAAUCUCUCUAGUAGUCCUUCUCAUAGCAUUGUUAAAAAUACUAGUAGUCCUUCUUAUAACAUUGUUAAAAUGACUAUUAGUACUUCUCAUAUCAUUGUUACAAUGGCUAGUAAUCUUUAUCAUAUCAUUGGUAAAAUUACAAGUAGUCUUUAUCAUAUAAUCGUUACAAUGAAUAGUAGUCCUCAUAUCAUUGUUGCAAUGACUCGUAGUCCUUAAAUCAUUGUUACAAUGAUUAGUAAUCGUUAUCAUAUCAUUGGUAAAAUUACAAGUAGUCUUUAUCAUAUAAUAGUUACAAUGAAUAGUAGUCCUUCUCAUAUCAUUGUUGCAAUGACUCGUAGUCCUUAAAUCAUUGUUACAAUGACUUGUAGUCUUUAUUAUAUCAUUGUUGAAGUAGGUCAGUCUUAUAUAUAGAAAGUGUCUAACAAUCAUAGCAAUAAACAUCCAUUAUCGUUCGGUAAUUUUAAAUAAAACUAGGUCAUACAUAACUAUAGAAAGCGUGCUAACAAUACUAGCAAUGAACAUCCAUUACCAUUCAGUCACUUUAGCUUAAUGUAGGUCAGACAUAAGUAUAGAAAGUGGGCUGACAAUACUAGCACUGAAAAUCCAUUAUCAUUAGGUCACUUUUAUUUAAAGUAAGCCAGAAAUAAGUGUACAAUGCAUGGCAGUUGAGCAUUAAUAUUUGUUACUUUAUCACUAGCUCACUCAAAUAUUUCUCUUUUCUCAGGACAUGUUCCAGUCUGGAAUUAACUACGACAUCGAAACUGAAUUGAAUGGAAAACACAAAAAGAGCUAUGCGUAGAGAACAAUACUCUGAAAUUAGUUGAAGAGUUUCUAUGGAAUAUUUUUUGUUAGUACCAAACUCAGUGGAUCAUAAAAAUGGGACGACAAAACGUAGCCAUCUUUAUAUCGGCCUUCACCUUGAUCACGUGGCUAAAUUGUGUCCAUUUUUCCGAACAAAACAUCACGACACAUGACCUAGGACAGGACAUAACACGUGUUGUAACGGAUGCAAAUUCUGAUGUCUACGUGGGUGGCGUGAACUUCGUGGCACGAUUCACCAACAAGUUGGAAGACCAGAUCAGGAGCAUCUCCAUUGGACCUGUUUACGAGGCCAAAGACUGCGCACCGAAUCGUGCUCCGUGCAACAACACGGUCAGAGUGCUGGAGUUAAUCAAAGAGCUUGGUGUGCUGCUGGUGUGUGGUACAGCAUACGACGGCACGUGUACACUUCACCGCCUGGUUGAUCUCACCGAAUGGUUUUGUCUUGUCGGCAACAUCGACCCCGGUGCUUCUGUUUUUACCAGUCAUGCCACCAAUCAAACAACCGUGGUCCAUUUGCUUCCACCGAUUGAUGACAUUUCCUCCACCCCGUCUCAGUCUACGGGAGACGAUUAUGAAUGCCGACACCAGAACUUUUCACUGCAUUUUUCCAACGUUGCCAACAAUGGCAUUCUAGCGGCGAUCAAGGAAACACAAAUUGCAACAUUUCGAAACAAACUAGUGAAGAGAAGUAACACCACUCCAAGUCAGGACUGGUUGUCCCCCACUGCAAGAGUUAUGGUGGCUGGGAAUAUUCAACGCUCUGAUAUUUCGAACCCUGUCAUGUUGUCAAUGCGCAAUAUCAGAUUUUCAGGAAAUCACUUUAUCAUAGACUACGUAAAUGAUCCAGAAACACAAAAGAAAGGACUAGAUAUCGAUCCGAAAAUCAGAUCAAAUUUUGCUAUAGAUUACAAGUUCUCAUUCACGUGGGCAAAUUUUUCUUACUUCUUGACUGUGCAAGAGGAUAUAAAGGGUGACCAAAAAAAAUCGAUAACAAAGCUUAGCAGAGUUCCUAACAAUAGUUCCCAGAUUGUUCCCUUUGUUGAAGUGACUCUAGAGUGCGACCAAAAUGUAAGAGUUUACAUAAUAGUUCAUUUAUAUAUCAUCUUUUUGUAAGGAUAUUCACGUACACUUUACUUUAGUGUACAGAAAAUUUACCAUCUCUCCUGUACCUCAAAAAAAUAUGCUAUAAAAGUAUAUAUCCUUGUUGCACAAAGUAAAGAACAAUCUAGUUUUUAAAAAUAGAUAAUGCAAGAUUUAAAUAAUUUUAUUUUAAAUUAAGCAACCCCUAACAUCAACGUUCUUCUUAUAAAUCCUUUGAUUCCUUAUCUUAUUUUUGUCCGACGUCGCAAUGUGAACGUGGUGUGACUUUGCAGGACGAUAUCGCAAGUACUGGGAUUUUUUUCUUUGGAGCUGUAAGCUGGUUCCCUAGACAUAAGACCUUUCUAAAAUGUAAUACCCAGCAAUGAGGCUUGGGCUGAUAAUUUGAUAAAAGCAUGCUUACAAAAGUAAUGCACUUUAUAAGAAUCCCAAUUAGUGUCCCCCACCCCCUUUUCUUUUUUUUAAGGCUCGCGACCGUUCAUUCUUAUCAACCCCUGAAAUGCAUUGAUAUUCUAAUGACCCACCCGAUUUCAUACCUCAGGUUUAUUUCACCAAAUAUUUCAGAAAAACAAAGAAAAUAUUACGUUUCAAAUGAACUUUCAGUAUUUUUUUUUCGUAAAGUUAUAUCAUUUAGAGCAAGUAACGGGAAUUUUAUUUCGUGAAAUCUGUUGCGUCAUAUUUCCUUCAUCUCCCACUAGAAAAGCAGUAAAAAUUGAUUAAGGGGGGUUGGGGUGUGUGGAGACGCUGAACAUUUGAAGAAUGUGUUGCAAUAGGUAACGAGUCUAUGUGCCAAGUUUCAGUUCGACUGUUGGACGAAAAGAGACUCAAUAAGCCUUCCAAAGAUAUUGCAAGUCAGAAACACACCAACAAUAGCGAACUUAAUAUAUAAAAUUUAAAUACUAAACUUGGAUAGUAGAGACUAUAUAUGACUUAUAUGAAAACAUUGAUUUUAGGAAGAUGAUAUCUUAAUAUGGUGUUUAGGAAUAUAAUAUCUUAACAUGAUGAUUAGGAGAUAUUAUAUUAACAUGAUGUUUUAGUGGAUGGUAUUUUAACGUGGAGUUUAUGGGAUGAUAAUUUACUUGAAAUUCCAUGUUGCGGUCUAUAAAAAAAUUCGUCAAUAUUUUUUCAGAGAACAAUCAAUAAUCUGGCGACUACUGCGACCUUCGUCCAGACGGAUUUCCCUCUAAACGGUACUUUCGUCCCUAUUCCAGUUCUCCUGGUGGCAUUUGGCAGAGGCGUUACCCCUCAAUCAACAACAGUUGACCCAAGCAAAGGCGGCUCACUGUGUGCUUUCUUUAUUGAGGAUUUAGCCAAAAAUGAAUUUGAUUAUGCUUUAAAUAAUUGCAAUAAAGGCGACAACAUGUUAGUCGAACCGCCAUAUUGGAUAACUGGAGCGUCAAAGGAAUGUCAGGUUAGUUAGAGUGUAGCCAUGUCCGUGAUAUGUGAUGAGUUAGUUAGAAGGCAACCAUGUCCGUGAUAUGUGAUGAGUUAGAGUGUAACCAUGUCCGUGAUAUGUGAUGAGUUAGUUAGAAGGUAACCAUGUCCGUGAUAUGUGAUGAGUUAGUUAGAAGGUAUCCAUGUCCGUGAUAUGUGAUGGGUUAGUUAGAAGGUAACCAUGUCCGUGAUAUGUGAUGAGUUAGUUAGAAGGUAACCAUGUCAGUGAUGUGUGAUGAGUUAUUUAGAGUGUAACCAUGUCAGUGAUAUGUGAUGAGUUAGUUAGAAGGUAACCAUGUCAGUGAUAUGUGAUGAGUUAUUUAGAGUGUAACCAUGUCAGUGAUAUGUGAUGAGUUAGUGUGUAGCCAUGUCCGUGAUAUGUGAUGAGUUAGUUAGAGGGUAACCAUGUCCGUGAUAUGUGAUGAGUUAAUUAGAGUGUAACCAUGUCCGUGAUAUGUAAUGAGUUAGUUAGAAGGCAAGCAUGUCAGUGAAAUGUGAUGAAUUAGUUAGAGUGUAGCCAUGUCCGUGAUAUGUGAUGAGUUAGUUAGAAUUUAGCCAUGACUGUGAUAUGUGAUGAGUUAGUUAGAGUGUAGACAUGUCCGUGAUAUAUGAUGAGUUAGUGUGUAGCGAUGUCCGUGAUAUGUGAUGAGUUAGUGUGUAGCCAUGUCCGUGAUAUGUGAUGAGUUAGUUAGAGUGUAGCCAUAGCCGUGAUAUGUGAUGAGUUAGUGUGUAGCCAUUUCAGUGAUAUGUGAUGAGUUAGUUAGAGUGUAGCCAUGUCAGUGAUAUGUGAUGAGUUAGUGUGUAGCCAUGUCCGUGAUAUGUGAUGAGUUAGUUAGUGUGUAGCCAUGUCAGUGAUAUGUGAUGAGUUAGUGUGUAGCCAUGUCCGUGAUAUGUGAUGAGUUAGUUAGAGUGAGCCAUGUCAGUGAUAUGUGAUGAGUUAGACAGAGUGUAGCCAUGUCCGUGAUAUGUGAUGAGAUAGUUAGAGUGUAGCCAUGUCAGUGACAUGUGAUGAGUUAGAUUGUAGCCAUGUCCGUGAUAUAUAAUGAGUUGGAGUGUAGCCAUAUCCGUGAUAUGUGAUGAGUUACUUUAAGUGUAACCAUGUCCGUGAGAUAUGAUGAUUUAGAGUGUAGCCAUGUCAGUGAUAUAUGAUGAGUUAGAGUGUAACCAUGCGAGUCAUACGUGAUGAGUUAAUUAGAGUGUAGCGAUGUCCGUGAUAUAUGAUGAGUUAGAGUGUAGCCAUGUCAGUGAUAUGUGAUAAAAUAGUUAGAAUGUAGCCAUGUCUAUGAUAUGUUAUGAGUUAGUUCGAGUGUAGACAUGUCCGUAAUAUGUGAUAAGUUAAUUAGAGUGUAGCCAUGUCCUUGAUAUGUGAUGACUUAGUUAGAAGGUAUCCAUGUCCGUGAUAUGUGAUGAAUUAGUUAGAAGGUUACCAUGUCCAUGAUAUUUGAUGAGUUAGUUAGAAGGUAAUUAUGUCCAUGAUAUGUAAUGAGUUAGAGUGUAGCCAUUGCCGUUAUAUGUGAUGAAUUAGUUAGAAGGUAACAAUGUCCAUGAUAUUUGAUGAGUUAGUUAGAAGGUAAUUAUGUCCAUGAUAUGUAAUGAGUUAGAGUGUAGCCAUUCCCGUGAUAUGUGAUGAGUUAGUUAGAAGGUAACCAUGUCCGUGAUAUGUGAUGAGUUAGUGUGUAGCCAUGUCCGUGAUAUGUGAUGAGUUAGUUAGAAGGUAACCAUGUCCGUGAUAUGUGAUGAGUUAGUUAGAAGGUAACCAUGUCCGUGAUAUGUGAUGAGUUAGUUAGAAGGUAACCAUGUCCGUGAUAUGUGAUGAGUUAGUGUGUAGCCAUGUCCGUGAUAUGUGAUGAGUUAGUUAGAAGGUAACCAUGUCCGUGAUAUGUGAUGAGUUAGUUAGAAGGUAACCAUGUCCGUGAUAUGUGAUGAGUUAGUUAGAAGGUAACCAUGUCCGUGAUAUGUGAUGAGUUAGUUAGAAGGUAACCAUGUCCGUGAUAUGUGAUGAGUUAGUUAGAAGGUAACCAUGUCCGUGAUAUGUGAUGAGUUAGUUAGAAGGUAACCAUGUCCGUGAUAUGUGAUGAGUUAGUUAAAAGGUAACCAUGUCCGUGAUAUACGAUGAGUUAGUUAGAAGGUAACCAUGUCCGUGAUAUGUGAUGAGUUAGUGUGUAGCCAUGUCCGUUAUAUGCGAUGAGUUAGUUAGAAGGUAACCAUGUCCGUGAUAUGUGAUGAGUUAGUGUGUAGCCAUGUCCGUGAUAUGCGAUGAGUUAGUUAGAAGGUAACCAUGUCCGUGAUAUGUGAUGAGUUAGUUAGAAGGUAACCAUGUCCGUGAUAUGCGAUGAGUUAGUUAGAAGGUAACCAUGUCCGUGAUAUGUGAUGAGUUAGUGUGUAGCCAUGUCCGUGAUAUGUGAUGAGUUAAUUAGAGUGUAACCAUGUCAGUGAUAUGUGAUGAGUUAGUGUGUAGCCAUGUCCGUGAUAUGUGAUGAGUUAGUUAGAAGGUAACCAUGUCCGUGAUAUGUGAUGAGUUAGUUAGAAGGUAACUAUGUCCGUGAUAUGUGAUGAGUUAAUUAGAGUGUAACCAUGUUCGUGAUAUGUGAUGAGCUAAUUAGAGUGUAACCAUGUCCGUGAUAUGUGAUGAGUUAAUUAGAGUGUAACCAUGUCAGUGAUAUGUGAUGAGUUAGUGUGUAGCCAUGUCCGUGAUAGGUGAUAAGUUAGUUAGAGGGUAACCAUGUCCGUGAUAUGUGAUGAGUUAAUUAGAGUGUAACCAUGUCAGUGAUAUGUGAUGAGUUAACUAGAGUGUAGCCAUGUCCCUGGUAUGUGAUGAGUUAGUAAGAAGGUAACCAUGUCAGUGAUAUGUGAUGUGUUAGUGUGUAGCCAUGUCUGUGAUAUGUGAUGAGUUAAUUAGAGUGAAACCAUGUCAGUGAUAUGUGAUGAGUUAGAGUGUAGCCAUGUCCGUGAUAUGUGAUGAGUUAGUUAGAAGGCAAGCAUGUCAGUGAUAUGUGAUGAGUUAGAGUGUAGCCACAUCCGUGAUAUGUGAUGAGUUAUUUAGAGUGUAGCCAUGACUGUGAUAUGUGAUGAGUUAGUUAGAGUGUGCCAUUUCACUGACAUGUGAUGAGUUAGCUAGAGUGUAGACAUGUCCGUGAUAUGUGAUGAGUUAUUGUGUCGCUAUGUCCGUCAUAUGUGAUGAGUUAGUGUGUAGCCAUGUCCGUGAUAUGUGAUGAGUUAGUUAGAGUUUAGCCAUGUCAGUGAUAUGUGAUGAGUUAGUUAGAGUGUAGCCAUAUCCGUGAUAUGUGAUGAGUUAGUGUGUAGCCAUUUCAGUGAUAUGUGAUGAGUUAGUGUGUAGCCAGGUCCGUGAUAUGUGAUGAGUUCGUUUGAGUGUAGCCAUGUCCAUAAUAUGUGAUGUGUUAGUUAGAGUGUAGCCAUGUCCAUGAUAUGUGAUGUGUUAGUUAGAGUGUAGCCAUGUCCAUAAUAUGUGAUGUGUUAGUUAGAGUGUAGCCAUGUCCAUGAUAUGUGAUGUGUUAGUUAGAGUGUAGCCAUGUCCAUAAUAUGUGAUGUGUUAGUUAGAGUGGAGCCAUGUCCGUGAUUUAUGAUGAAUUAGAAUGUAGACAUGUCAGUGAUAUGUGAUGAGUUACUUAGAGUGUAGACAUGUCCAUGACAUGUGAUAUGUUAGUUAGAGUGUAGCCAUGUCCGUGAUUUAUGAUGAAUUAGAAUGUAGACAUUUGAGUGAUAUGUGAUGAGUUAGUUAGAGUGUAGCCAUGUCCAUGAUAUGUGAUGUGUUAGUUAGAGUGUAGCCAUGUCCAUGAUAUUUUAUGUGUUACUUAGAGUGUAGCCAUGUCCGUGAUUUAUGGUGAAUUAGAAUGUAGACAUGUCAGUGACAUGUGAUGAGUUAGUUAGUGUGUAGCGAUGUCCAUGAUAUGUGAUGAGUUAGUUAGAGUGUAGCCAUGUCAGUGACAUGUGAUGUGUUAGUUAGAGUGUAGCAAUGUCAGUGACAUGUGAUGAGUUAGUUAGAUUGUAGCGAUAUCAGUGAUAUAUGAUGAGUUAGAGUGUAGCCAUGUCCGUGAUAUGUGAUGAGUUAGUAAGAAGGUAACCAUGUCAGUGUUAUGUGAUGAAUUAGUUAAUGUGUAGCCAUGUCUUUGAUAUGUGAUGAGUUAGUUAGUGUGUAGCCAUGUCUAUGAUAUGUGAUGAGUUAGUUAGAGUGUAGCCAUGUCCAUGAUAUGUGAUGUGUUAGUUAGAGUGUAACCAUGUCCUUGAUUUAUGAUAAAUUAGAAUGUAGACAUGUCAGUGAUGUGUGAUGAGUUACUUAGAGUGUAGCCAUGUCCGUGAUAUAUAAUGUGAUGAGUUAGUUAGAGUGUAGCGAUAUCAGUGAUAUAUGAUGAGUUAGAAUGUAGCCAUGUCCGUGAUAUGUGAUGAGUUAGUAAGAAGGUAACCAUGUCAGUGAUAUGUGAUGAGUUAGUUAGUGUGUAGCCAUGUCUGUGAUAUGUGAUGAGUUAGUUAGUGUGUAGCCAUGUCUAUGAUAUGUGAUGUGUUAGUUAGAGUGUAGCCAUGUCCUUCAUUUAUGAUGAAUUAGAAUGUAGACAUGUCAGUGAUGUGCGAUGAGUUACUUAGAGUGUUGCCAUGUCCGUGAUAUAUAAUGAGUUAGAGUGUAGCUAUGUCAGUGAUAUGUGAUGAGUUAGAGUGUAGCCAUGUCAGUGAUAUGUGAUGAAAUAGUUGGAGUGUAGCCAUGUAUGGGAUAUGUAAUGAGUUGUUAGAGUGAACCAUGUCCGUAACAUGUGAUGAGUUAGUUAGAGUGUAGCCAUGUCUGUGAUAUGUGAUGAGUUAGUUAGAGUGUAGCCAUGUCCUCUAUAUGUGAAUAGUUUGUGUGGAUUUUAGCCAAGAGCGAGAUGUGUGAUAAGUUCUAUUUUUUUCUACUUUCAAGACAAUUUAAAAUCACUUUUCAAAGAAUUUUUUUUUUUUAAACAAUAUUCAUCAUCCCUUUUUUUAGAAUUUCCUAACUGCAUAGUUAUACACAACGGCUCAUUGUCUGGUAUUCAAAGUAUUGAAUAUUGCCCCUAAACCAAACAAUUGCCCCUAUUCCAAACAAUCGCCCCUAAACCAAACAAUUGCCCCUAUUCCAAACAAUUGUCCCUAUUCCAAACAAUCGCCCCUAUACCAAACGAUUGCCCCUAAACCAAACAAUUGCCCCUAUUCCAAACAAUUGCCCCUAUACCAAACAAUUGCCCCUAUUCCAAACAAUUUUUCCUAUACCAAACAAUCGCCCCUAUACCAAACAAUUGUCCCUUUUCCAAACAAUUGCCCCUAUUCAAAUCCACCACACCUGUUCCCUCCAGCCACUUCAUUUCUUGGCCUCCAAACUAAUUUCAACCCACCAUAUGCUCUCAGCCUCACCUUUUAAUUCCAACACCUGCUAUUUAAGCCAUUGUGUAGAAGGAGGAAAAAAAACAGGAUCUUUAAAUUUGCAUUUAACAAUAUUUCCAUUUGUUUAUAGUCUGUGAACCUAACCGGACAAAAGAAUCUGUAUGUGAAGUCAAUCUCAGAAGUCAGUUCCAAGUCAUUACUGAAUGCCAGCACAUUCAUCCGCGCCGCAUACAGCUAUGUUCCAAAGCUCAGCAACACUCCUGAUUCCAAGUAUUCCAACAUCAUCGAUGUAUUUUUCAUCACAGGAACGGGCUCUAUGGAAAAUGUAAGUUCAUAUCUGUUGGUGAACAUUUCUUUAAACCAGUGCAGCACAGUGUCCCUCCUCAAUACCAUUAAUCCUUACAAAGCAUGUGGUCCUGACCACAUUAAACCACGAGUGCUCAAAGAAUUAGCCAAAGAAAUCGCUCCUGCACUGACAAUCCUCUUCCAAUCGUCACUAUGCACAGGAAAUGUUCCAGCAGACUGGAGAACAGCGCAUGUCACUCCAAUUUACAAGAAAGGGGAGCAUUCCGACCCUGCCAACUAUCGUCCGAUAUCCCUCACUAGCGUCGUCUGCAAACUGUUGGAGCACAUAAUCGUAAGCUCUGUCAUGAAGCAUCUUGAAAGCCAAAAUAUACUCAAUGACUGUCAACAUGGCUUCCGAGUCAAUAGGUCAUGUGAGACCCAGCUUCUCGAAUUUGUAGAAGACUUGAUGACCAAUCUGGAGAACCACAAGCAGACUGACGUGCUAGUAAUGGACUUCGCAAAAGCAUUUGACCGGGUGAAUCAUAGUUUGCUUCUACACAAACUCCAGAUAUAUGGGAUUCAAGGCACCACUAAAACAUGGAUCUCUAGCUUCCUCAGCCACCGACGCCAAGCAGUAGUGGUGGGCGGUACAAGCUCCUCCUUUGUCAAUGUGAAGUCAGGGGUCCCCCAGGGAUCAGUCCUGGGCCCCUGUUUGUUCCUAGCAUACAUUAAUGACCUACCGGAGAAACUGACAUCACAGGCAAGACUGUUUGCAGAUGACACAGCAGUGUAUAGGACGAUCGCCAACAGAUCUGACCAGGACCAGCUACAACAGGAUCUCAAUCUGUUAGCUGAGUGGGAGAUGAGCUGGGACAUGGAAUUUCACCCUGCCAAGUGCCAGACACUAUCAAUCUCUAGAAGUUGUACUCCUCUACACUACCAAUACGAACUGCACGGCCAUAUACUUGAGCAAGUUUCCUCCGUAAAGUACCUGGGUGUUACCAUUCAAAGAGAGGUCCGCUGGGACGAGCAUAUUAACAAUGUAUGUAACCAAGCAAACCAAGCCUUGGGGUUCUUAAGGCGAAAUCUAAAGAUUGGCAACUCCUGUGUGAAAGAAAGAGCAUAUAAAGCCUUUAUCCGUCCGAUUUUAGAUUAUGCAUCUUCAGUCUGGGACCCAUUUACCCAGAAGAGCAUUGACAGGUUGGAGGCGGUCCAGCGACGAGCAGCACGCUUUGUCCUAAACCGCUACAGGAAUACCUCUAGUGUUGGCAGCAUGCUAGAAACACUAGGCUGGUCACCAUUGGAGAAACGACGACGACAAUCCAGGCUCUCCAUGAUGUACAAGAUAAAUAAUGGGCUGGUCCACUGUUCCAGUAUUAAACAGAAACUCGUCCCUCUCCCCCAUAGACAGCGACGAGGCCAUGACAGGCAAUUCAGGCUCAUACCAGCAAGAAGCCAGUAUAGGAGCUGCUCAUUCCUGCCCAAGACAAUCAGGGACUGGAACAAUCUUUCAAAAGGAACGGUUGAGGCGACAACACUAGACACAUUUGUGUCUAUUGCCUCAAGCCUUCAAACCACCAGUGCAUGAUUCCCUCACAAAGUGGCACUGGAAAUCUGUGAAAUUUCCUCAUCAACACCAGGAACAGAAACAUUGCAGAAACAUCUACAUGCAUAGGAGCCAAAAUGAUCAAUAAAUUGAUCGUGGGCCCUUAAGAUAUAGAAGAAGAAGAAGAAGAAGAAGAUUGUCAUUUAUAGAAAAAAUAGUGGAAGUGUGCUGCUUGAGCUUACUUUCAACAAAAGAGUUGUACUUGCUAAAAGAUGUUAACAGGGCCGUGAAAUUUUAAACCCGCACUUAAUUAAUUAACAUUUUUUCCAAUAGAUGUAGGAUUAAAAAAUACUUAAAAGAAAUGAUAAAUUCAAUGCCACGUACCCAGAUAAUAUUAUCUAUUUUUUUUUAAAAUACAAGGCCUUACGUUAGAGUACCUUGCUCUACAUUUUAAUGGCUUGUAAAAAGAUUGUAGUUUAUUAUUGGUUUUUUUAGGUCGGUGAAAUUUUGUAUUAUAUGCUUUUAAAUCAGAGGCUCCAAAAAUGUGUCCACUUCCUAACAGUGAAGUUAAAAAGAAAAACGCUAUUUGCGCUUUGAACGUGGACGGUAAACGUGAUCGUAGUAUGGUGGCCGUGACUGAAAUUGUUUGAGGACCUCUAUUUUAAUUAUAAUACCAUUAAAAAACUUCUUUUCGUUAUGCGAAAUCUUUUAAUGUGGAUAUGAACAAGAUUACUGCCAUUGUUAAAAGUUAGUUUUGAAUACUGCGCAUGUUCCUAUUGUAUUUAAAUUUGAACAUUCCAUUCAGCUUUAAGGUGGCACUUUAAGGUCUUUUAAUUAAUCCUUGAUAUUCUUUUAAACAGUGUGGACUUAUUUUUUGUUUCUUUGUGUCGAUAAGUUUGCUAUAAACGUCCAAAUGAAAGUCUUAUCAUAUUUCAGAUGAAUCUUCAAGUAAGCACGUCCGACAAACCAGUGGCCACAGUCAAUCUUCUUGUUAAUAUGGACUUACCCUUUGGAAAGGAGAUGAUGGAACAAGGUCUGACACCCGUGGGUUUUCUUGAUGAUCUGAGGACCAAUUUGUACUUGGCUGUGGGCAGCAAGGUCAGAUGAACACAAUAAUAUGCUAAACAUUUUACUUGGUUUUGGGCAGUAAGGUGGGGUGUACACAAUAGUAUGAUGCAAUUUUUAUUUGGCUGUGGUCAGUAAGGUUAGAUGUGAAAUAUAUGUGUUUAGGAUUAUGUUAUUACUAUGCAGUAUUAAGCUGCCUAUGCACUGUCCAGUGGGGCGAGCUGCCUAAGAACUGUCCAGUGGGGGCGACCUGCCUAAGAACUGUCCAGUGUGGGCGUGCUGUCAAAGAAAUGUCCAGUGUGGGCGUGCUGUCUAAGAACUUUCAAGUGUGGGCGAGCUGUCAAAGAACUGUCCAGUGUGGGCCAGCUGCCUAAGAACUGUCCAGUGUGGGCGUGCUGUCAAAGAAAUGUCCAGUGUGGGCGAGCUGCCUAAGAACUCGCCAGUGUGGGUGAGCUGCCUAAGAACUGUCCAGUGUGGGUGAGCUGCCUAAGAACUCGCCAGUGUGGGUGAGCUGUCAAAGAAAUGUCCAGUGUGGGCGUGCUGUCUAAGAACUUUCAAGUGUGGGCGAGCUGUCAAAGAACUGUCCAGUGUGGGUGAGCUGCCUAAGAACUCGCCAGUGUGGGUGAGCUGUCAAAGAAAUGUCCAGUGUGGGCGUGCUGUCUAAGAACUUUCAAGUGUGGGCGAGCUGUCAAAGAACUGUCCAGUGUGGGUGAGCUGCCUAAGAACUCGCCAGUGUGGGUGAGCUGUCAAAGAAAUGUCCAGUGUGGGCGUGCUGUCUAAGAACUUUCAAGUGUGGGCGAGCUGUCAAAGAACUGUCCAGUGUGGGAGAACUGCCUAAGAACUGUCCAGUGUGGUCUGGCUGCCUACGUUCUGCCCUUUAUCAGCGACUUUUUCACUUUGUUCUUACGUCAUUAUACACCGAACUGAACACACGUAUUUUUCCCUUAGUAAUGAAAAUGUAAUCUAUGAAUACACCCAAGAGGCUGUACAUUUAAUUAAACACAUGUAUAGUACAGCUCGCUAUAAGAGACAAUAACACACAACGAUACGCUACAAAGUUCGUUUGAGUGGCAGAAGGUGUAUUAAUAGCUGCUACCAAUGCUUGUAGCAUUUAUUCUUAUAAAACUCGAACUACAACAUUUGUAGUAUUUAGAUAUACUUCUUUAAUAACACGUCUGCUUGCAGCAUUGACUGGUAUUACUUCAGCGGUAUGUUACAGUUUCUCUUCUGUAUCCACACUAUUUAUAAUACGGAGAAUUGAUAGCUUAAUAACUACAGAAAUGUAUCAAUGAGUGUCUCUUUUUAAACUGAAAAAAAAAUUUACUCUAACCUAUGGCAUCUUUUGUUUUUUUAGAUCAUGAGGAUGAGUGUGAAUUUCUGUCGCCAGUUUCCUAACUGUGAGCAGUGCAUGUCGUCACAUGAAGUGUACACGUGUAAAUGGUGCCCACAUCUUAAUAUCUGCCAGGAUUCCAAGCUGACCUGUAACGGCAGGGACGAGGGCUCUUGCCCACCAAAACUAGAGAAGGUGGAGUCAGUCAUUCUAGUUCAGCUUGUCUUUCUUCAACUAUAAGUAUUUAUUUAUUUAUUUAGGCAUUUUUAUAUAGCGCUUACCUUAAAGCUCUAAGCGCUUUACAAUUAUUAAAAACAUGUAAACUAAGUAAAAUAAAAAUGAAAAACCAGAGACACUAGGAUAGUAACUACUAUACUAUAGAAACAAUUAAAAUGGCUAUAAAACGAGGACAAUAUGGCACGUUUUGGCCUAUACUGCAGGAUCAACCCGAGACAGAAAAUGAGGCAGGGCAAAGAGGGUGCAUCACAGGUCAUAGGCGGACCUAAACAGAUGGGUUUUAAGGGACUUUUUGAAAGUGGACGAGGUUUCACAAUGACGGAUAUGGAAGGGGAGCUAGUUCCAGAACGUGGGCCCAUAGAAGUAGAAGGAGUGUUCACCAAUGGUCUUAGUUUUGGUUCUUGGGAUUGAGAGGGUUCUAUUGUCAAAUGAAGAGCAUAGUUGUCUUGUGGGGAUGUAAGGAAGAAACAGUUCAGAGAGAUAGACACAUAAAGUCUUUAUCCGUCCGAUUUUAGAUUAUGCAUCUUCAGUCUGGGACCCAUUUACCCAGAAGAGCAUUGACAGGUUGGAGGCGGUCCAGCGACGAGCAGCACGCUUUGUCCUAAACCGCUACAGGAAUACCUCUAGUGUUGGCAGCAUGCUAGAAACACUAGGCUGGUCACCAUUGGAGAAACGACGACAGGCUCUCCAUGAUGUACAAGAUAAAUAAUGGGCUGGUCCACUGUUCCAGUAUUAAACAGAAACUCGUCCCUCUCCCCCAUAGACAGCGACGAGGCCAUGACAGGCAAUUCAGGCUCAUACCAGUAAGAAGGCAGUAUAGGAGCUGCUCAUUCCUGCCCAAGACAAUCAGGGACUGGAACAAUCUUUCAAAAGGAACGGUUGAGGCGACAGCACUAGACACAUUUGUGUCUAUUGCCUCAAGCCUUCAAACCCCUAGUGCAUGAUUUCCUCAUCAACACCAGUAACAGAAACAUUGCAAAUCCCAUCUACAUGCAUAGGAGCCAAAAUGAUCAAUAAAUUGAUCGUGGGCUCUUAAGAUAUAGAAGAAGAAGAAGAAGAAGUGAGGGUCAGUGAACGAGUUGAAGCAUAGAUUGGAAGACUUGUAUUUGAUGCGAGAGGAUAUUGGAAACCAGUGGAGUUGCCGCAUGUGUGGUUGAAUGUGGUCAUGUUUCUUUGAUUUAAAAAUGAGUCUGCAUGCUGAGUUCUGUGCCUUCUGAAGUUUGUCUAUGUGGUGUUGAGGAAUGCCUGUGAGAAGAGCGUUACAGUAGUCAAAUUUUGAAAGAAUGAGUGAAGAGACGAGAGUUUUUGUGGCAUCAACUGAGAGGAGGUGUCUAAUGGUGCUGAUUUUUCUAAUUUCGUUGUAUGCUGAUCUGCAUAUAUUUGUGACAUGUUUGUCCAUGGAGAGGGUGUCUGUAAGCGUGACUCCAAGGUUUCUGGCAGAGAAAGAGAGUGUGAUGUCGGAGUUGCCAAUAGUUAUAGAAGAAGGAGCGGAUGGAGAGAGAGGUUUGUUUUUGUAUACAUCUCAAAUUUAACCAUCAACACACAUACAGAUGGCAUAAAGUUUAAAUAAGUUUGUAAACAUAACAAUUAUUCCCAUCGCUCACCACAAGCCAUUUUUGUAGGGGAAUUAUUGCCCUAGUUAAGUGGUCGGCAAAUCGCGGCCCUGAAUGUGGCUUGGCCAGCCGGCCACAAAUUGAUUUUGGCUUCGUAAAACAUGGUUUUUGGCACGUUCUUGAAAAGAAAUUUGGCUCUCAAAAAUUGUUAAUCGUCCUGUUGCUGAUUUUGGCUCUUUUGAGUUUGCCGACUACUGACCUAGGCCAUGGUCAAGUAUAUUUUGUAGACACGCUGCAGACGGUUUUUAUUUGUUUGCUUAUAACUGGGAAAGAUACACGACACGUUCUGCCGACACGUUCGCUGUUUUUUUUGCAUUUAAUUUUUAAGGUUUAACCCUACUCUGUUUUACUCAUUUCAUUGUGUACUAAGCUGAUUCCAGUCUCUCCCCUUAUUACCCUUGGGAAAGACAUAAAGGGUAAAGGAAACAUGAAAUAAAAUUAGGACCAUUUUGGGAAAGUCAUGUGUAAAGGAUCGAUGAAAUUGAAAUUAAUCUCAUACGGCUCCCCUUCCAUAACUGCAAACGUUUAAAUCGAUUAUCAGCCUGAAGGGAUAAAUAUUUCGGCACAAGAGUUUCUACGCCUCAUAUUGUAACAAUUCCCCGGCUGUGCUUAAUAAUUUUACAUCACGUUAGAUCUAUAUUGUAGUUGUAUUUAUUUAGAAGGAGAAAUACGUUGAGUGAGGUUGACGCCGCGCAACUCUUCCUCACUUUAAACAAAAGUCACUAGCGCAAGUCAUCAGUCACCGGACGACCCGAUGGUCAUCGUUGAUCCUCGAUGGAUGAACAACAACAACAACAUCAUCACGUUAUUAUUGCCACCACAUACAGCGCUCUGUCCCGAGAUGCAGAGUUGAACUGCAGAAGCAGCAUCUUAUAAGGCCAGAUUGAACAAGUCGGUCCUGAACUGCGCCAACUUCACAAAAAAUGACUUAUCAGUGGUGUCUACUAGGACUUCAGUUCUUAGAUCUAGGACCGUGCCAAGGAAAAGUUCCGUUCUUGGUGGAGUUUGACCCCCCCCCCCCCACUUUUUUCCCCUUUUUUUAACAUUUCAUAAAUAAAUGCUGUAUGAUAUAGAAAUUAUAAAUAAGAUACCAUGUGCAUAAUUUAUGAUUGUGAUGCUACCCGAGGAUGGGUCUCGGAGCGGCCGUCCCUUCGACCCAGAUUAGAAAGCUCCUAUGUGGCAAAGAUGUGUGGGCCAGAUACUUGAGAAAGGUCUGUAGCAUUAACCUAUACACAUGAAAUUAUAUUAUCUUAAAGUGUAUAACACAGAGUUCAACGAAGGGACACUGUCUGACAGCAAUACCUCAAUUCUCAGUCAUCUGAUUAAAGUGAACACAAGUCACAUCUCCAAAGACUGACUGAAAUGCAGAGGGGAAAGACCAUUAAGGCAAACCAUAAGAAAAGACCGUGUGGCAAAGCCAUACGGCAAGACUAUCAGGAAAGACCAAAAGUUAAGACCCUCUGGCAAGACCAUAAGGCAAGACCAUAAGGCAAGACCAUAAGAAAAUACCAUCAGUCAAGACCAUAAGGCAAGGCAUUAAGGCAAUACCAUCAGGCAAGACAUAUGGCAGGACCAUAACGCAGGACCAAAAGGCAUGUCUUUGCUACAAAGAAAAAGUCUAACAAGUUCUAAUGAUGACCAGGUGUAAUUAAAUGGCUAAUAUCAAUUUCAGCUGAAAUGGACGCAAGUAACACAUAAUUUAAUAACCCAGGAAGUGAUAAAUACAAACAAAGAUAAAAGAAAGUUAACCAGGAAAGCCAAGAGCAUCACUGGUCAACGCUGACCUGUGAAAAGUCCAGAUACGAUUGUCAGUCCAGGUUAUGACCAAUGAGUCAAUCUAAGAGGUGCACACCCUCAUCUUUUCAUGAUGCCUAUGCAUCUCCACAUAGAAGUGAAUAAUUAGAGUUAGUGGGCAUCCAAAACAUAACAUUAUGAAUUUUAGCUAAGAAAUUAUGAGUAAUGGCCUAUAAAUUAUAGUUAAGAUAUUAUGAAUUAUAACUAAGACGUUGUCAAUUAUAACUAAGAAAUUGUGAAUUAUAGUUAAGAUAUUAUGAAUUAUAACUAAGACGUUGUCAAUUAUAACUAAGAAAUUGUCAAUUAUAGCUAAGAAAUUAUGAAUUAUAGCUAAGAAAUUAUGAAUCAUAGCUAAGAAAUCAAUUAUUGAAAUAUUUUCCGUAUCUUCUUUUCUAUAUUUUAGUGUGCAUUCGUGUAACAACAAAUGUAUGAACCUAAUUUAAAAAAAGGUCACCUUUUAACAUAAAAUGUUGAAUUAAUUAUGUGCAUAUAGUGUUGGUUUAUUAUUGACAAUACUCCACCGCAGUUCAGUCCUGAGUUUUUCCCAACUGAAGGAGGAAGCUUGUUGACCCUUGACAUAGCUAACUACCGAAUGCCAGAAAAUGACACCCUUAAGGUGAAUGUCAC